UCGAACUUCUGCAACUCCAAUCGCAGCUUACACCAUCUCGUCGCCCACCAGCUCUCUUCGAUUACCUUCCACUCCUGGCAAAUGGCCAUGAAACGGAAAGCUACAACCGAGGAUGACGGCCCGACCGGGCCCUCUAAACGCCAGCAAGUUGAGGUUUCCCAAACAACGGACCUCGACUAUCCAGAAUCAGUUCUAGCUCCAAUGGAGCCUUCCGCCGACUCGACCACCUCGACGGCAGACGACAAUACCAGCACGUCAUCGCAGACCGCAACCCCGAUGUUGCCCGCAGGUGAAGCCGCAGACGGCCUCACCUCCGCAGCAACCUCGGUCUCGGCCUGCCCUUCAUCCCGGCGAGGCCGCAAAUUCCCCUCCGACCUCAAGACAAUCAAAUGCACCUACCCAGGCUGUCCGAAGACCUUCAAUCGCCCGGCCCGGCUAGCCGCCCACCUGCGCUCGCACACCAACGACCGCCAGUACAAGUGCCCCUACGAGGGCUGCGACAAGACCUACCUCGAGGAGAAGCACCUGGCGCAGCACAUCAAGGGCUCGCACACGCACGAGAAGAAGUACGUCUGCGCGGAGGAAGGAUGCGGCAAGGCGUUCGUGACCGCCACGCGACUCAGGCGCCACGCGGCGGUGCACGAGGGCGCCGAGCGGUUCCGCUGUCGCGGCUACGAGGGGUGCAGCCUCAGCUUCCGCAAGCACCAGACGCUGCAGCGGCACGUGCGCACCGCGCAUCUCGGGCUGGCGGCGUUUGUCUGCGGCGCGGAGGACUGCGCGGCCGGGUUCGACUCGGCCGGGGCGCUGAGGCGGCACGUGGCGCGGGAGCACGGGGAGCUGCGGUUCUGGUGCGAGGAGUGCGGCGCCGAGGAAGGCGACGGGCGCAAGGUCGGGUUUCGCACGCUGUUGCUGCUGCAGGCGCACAUGCGGAAGGAGCAUGUCAAUUGCAUGUUUUGCGACGUCAGGUGUGGCAGCCAGGCGGAUCUGGAGAGGCAUGUGGACAUGUACCACUCCGGCACGACGGUCGAGGAUCGCAAGACGGUCGAGUGCACGUGGGAGGGGUGCGGCAAGAAGUUUACGAGGGUGUCGAAUCUCAAUACGCAUAUCCGGACGGCGCACGAGGGGCUGCGCUUUGUCUGUGGGCAGGUGGAUACGUAUGGAACGGAGGAUAUUGCGGACUGGAACUGGAAGGAGGAAGGGUGCGGCCAGACUUUUGUCAGCAAGCUGAAGCUGGAGGAGCAUGUGCGGUAUGUGCACCUUGGGAGGAAGCGGCCGCCGAGUCUGCACACGGCCAAAUCGGUCUUACCGGGUGAAGCAGACGAGAUGUCGGCUGCGGCGCCCUCGAGGACCAUCCCCUGCUCGGUGGAGGGCUGCUCAGCCAAGUUUGUGAGACAUGCCGACCUGGAGAAGCACCUGCGGAAAGGUCACCGCGAGCCGAAGCAGGAAGAGGAUGCCAUCGACCCACGGCUGCAGCGAGAAGGCGCGACGGAGGAACCGUUCUGGAUUGAGUCGGCCUUGCCUGCGAGAGACGAGCCGGCGUUCGAUACGGAGUGGGCCGAGAUGCGGAGAUUGAUCGAUCUUGACUCGUUUGUCCAGGCGAGCGGGUAGCUGUAGAAGGCGGAAAGCUUUUCCCCCCUGUUACCCUACGAUGCCAUUGUUUGCUUCGUUUUGCUUUGGCCCUUGGGUGCCUCAAGUCCAGCCGGAGACGCCGUGUAGUGCAUGAAUUUUCGUUGCUUUAUACGAUAUGAUGAUGAAGAAGCCGGGUUAAGUCUGAUCAUGUCAUGAAACAAGCUGAAGGUCGACGCUAUUGUGUUUGCUAUGGAGAGACAGAGAGCUGAAUCAGUGGGCCGAAAGGCAGGUCACUCUGCGUAUUGUAUGCCGGUGUUGAACACCAGAAACGCGAGAGAGGAGAUGCUUGUGGUGCGCGUCUGUCACUCUAACCUACUUAGGACAAAAUCUAUAGUGGACAUGAUGGCUCAGGUUUUGGUCAAGCCCAGAAAGAACGAAGCAAUUUGCCCAGUGU